ACACACACACACACACACACAAACACACAUUUCUCAAGCCUGCUUUUGUCUACCUGUCUUCUUCUUCUUCGCGGCUCCAAAGGAUUUCCAAAAAGAAUGGACUGAAUGUGCAGGACACACGUUGAACCGAUCGUCGUCUUGAUUUAAAAUGGACUAAAGAAGUCUUUUUUUUUUCUUUUUUGUUGCCUCGUAAAGAAGAAGACUUCCAACAAGGAGAUAUUUGACUACCGCCAGCCAAAGACAUGGACUGGAAGACCUUCCAAGCGCUCCUAAGCGGGGUGAACAAGUACUCCACAGCCUUCGGGCGCAUAUGGCUCUCUGUGGUGUUCGUCUUCAGGGUGAUGGUGUACGUGGUGGCGGCUGAGCGGGUGUGGGGCGAUGAGCAGAAGGACUUUGACUGCAACACCAAGCAGCCCGGCUGCUCCAACGUCUGCUAUGACCACUUCUUCCCCAUCUCUCACAUUCGUCUGUGGGCCCUCCAGCUCAUCUUCAUCACCUGCCCGUCCUUCAUGGUGGUGAUGCACGUGGCCUACCGCGACGACCGUGAGCGCAAGCACCGAGCUAAGCACGGCGAGACCGCCAAGCUAUACAACAAUACGGGCAAGAAGCACGGCGGCUUGUGGUGGACAUACCUCAUCAGCCUUUUUGUCAAGACGGGUAUCGAAGCGGCCUUCCUCUACAUCCUCCACUAUGUCUACGACAGCUUCUACCUGCCCAGGCUGGUCAAGUGCGAGGUGCUGCCUUGCCCCAACAUUGUGGACUGCUACAUCGGCCACCCCACUGAGAAGAAAGUCUUCACCUACUUCAUGGUGGGGGCUUCUGCGCUCUGCAUUGUACUCAACAUCUGCGAGAUCAUUUACCUCAUCUCCAAGCGAAUUGUAAGAAUUGCAAACAAACACAAGCGGCGCAGCCAGAACAUCCUUGUGCCUCUCCAUGACGAGCACAAGGACGAAACCUUCAACAACUGUGUCCAGCCUCCCUCCAAGAUGGACCUGAAGGACAAGCCUCCGUCGUUCAAAUUGGCAAACAAACCAGAGUACAGACUUUCCAAGCUGAAGCUUGAGGAGAAGAUUCGGGCCUCUGCUCCAAAUUUGUCCCUUCCUUACUGAGCCUACCCAAAGGAGACCUGAAGAUGAAAAACACGAGCAGUGCUUUGGGUCAUGACUCAUUUCAUACACACAUUCGCAACUGCAAGCCAAGCCGUAGUGCGUGUGAAAGUUGAGUCAUUGACCGCCAGCGACAAUCCUGUUGGGCCCCCGCGUCCACACCUUAAGACUCUUUCCAAGCUUAUGAACUUUGUAAGUCAUCAUCGCCAAUACAGCACAUUGAUUUCUUAUAAAUACCGUACGUGGCAUUCUUCUGGAACACAAUGGUCUUUAUACCUUUUCAGUCGCAGUCUUCUCGCUCUGUAUUGUGAGGCGAGUUGUGAGCGCACAGGGAGGUAUGACAGAGGUGUAUUCGGCUGUACAUUUCAUCCAGCUUUUCUACUUCAUUUGCAACGUUCACAUGUUGAUAUAACGAUGACACCUGCGAGCAGGGCCCAGGUUACUGAAGAGUGGUAAUGAUUCUGGAAUGUGGACACACGACUAAGGCUGAGAACUGUGCUUACAAGUAUGCUAACUGGCCCCAAAACUUGUUUUUCAGUGUUUUUUUUUAACAUGACUGGACCUAUAAAGGUGAGAAAAUGCAUUACCUGCCUCUCAUUGUGUGUUUUAGCUUUUUUGUACACAACCUCACCUCCUUCUAAGACCACUGUUGAUUUAAAUCAGGAGAAAGGAAUGCUGCUGUCGAGUGCUGUGCGGGAUAACACUCCAGGGGUAGUGGACUGAUAUCACUGUCCCCCAAUUGUACCAUAUGUGUUUAACACUUGUUUAUUUUUAUACAUAUUAAAUUUAUUGAACUAAUGCCUCAUGUCUGGUUAGAGACACCACACUGUGAACUCCCUCCUCCCGCCCUCCAACAUCAACCGUCACCAGACGUAAUUAGAACACGAAAUGAUGUUAUUUAAUGGAGCUGCGAAUCAUGAUGACAAAGUAUUUUGGAUACUUUUAGGAGCAGUCUCAAGUCCACAGUAAGAAUCUCAGCCUGCCUGUCAGACAGGUUCCGAUUUGGCGUGGCAGGAAAAAGGAAACUGUUUACUCUAAAUGACUUCCUUAACAAACUGAAGAAAUGAAAUGCAAAACAUGUCCGAAUCCUGAUCAGGUUGAAUAACUAUUAAGUUAGGAAGUUUGCUUAUAGCAAUGUCAUGAAACAGACUCAAUGAUUCAGAUUAAAACACGUGAGAUUUCUGUUUGGAGAAAAUCUGUCUGGUGAGAACAGGGCAGCCAGAAGCCAAUCAAAUUCAAUCAAUCAACUAUGGCAUUUAUGAAUGACACCCACACUUAACGCUCACUAUAGACCUUGUAAUCCAACCUACCUCGGAGUUCCCAGCUUCAGCAAGUGACGUGUGGCUGUUUUUCCUGUCGUCAAAUGUUCCAGGAACGAAAAAUGGCAAGUAGGGACAGCUGUAGCCAAGCAGAAGCAGUAGUAAUUCUACAUUUGAGCAAAGGUACUUAAGAUUUGUCAGCUCAAAAAACAUAGAUGUUUGGGCUUGUCUGGACCCUUAAUCACAGAGCGGUUCCAUUUAUGCUUGUUAUAUUUGGCUGAGCACCAACUUUACAAUCACUGGUUCCGCUUGAUAAUACACCUCAUACAUUCAAGAGAUUCGUGUUGACAAUUUAGAGACAUCGUUGCUAUAUUUAGCGAGUAGGGGUGCACAUUAAAAGUGAAAGUCAGGAAGUGUUUCUAGUUUCAAGUAUCCGUCGCCGCACCUCUUAUUGUACAUAAGUAUUGCCGUGCAAUGCCGGUUUGAUGCUGGCCUGAAAGCUGCAUAAUCCCCUCCACAAUGCAGCUUGACAGAGUCAAGAAGACAGCACUUGGACACACUCUUCUGUCGCCUGGAAACACCUCGUCUUCCUGGAAAAACAAGACAAUCUGGGCUCGCCGAACAUGAAUGGGUGUCCAAAGUGUGGCGCAGAGGCCACCUGUGGAACGUGGCUCAUUGCAGGAAUAACAAAAACCCAGAAAAAGUGUAAAAAAAAAAGAGCAAAAAGGCAUAAUGCAACUAGAAAAAGCUCAAAUGUUAAUACUAAUAACUAAUAAACAGACAGUACGAAUUGCCUGUGAGAAAAUCUCAUAAACGCCAAUUCCGCAACUUUACAGGGUGAAAGAUGACAUACUACAAUAAAUAUUGCAUUAUUAUAUUUAUUGUUAUUAUUAUAUAUUAUGAUCACGGGCCACACAGUGAGCUAGUGGUUAGCAUGUUGGCCACACAGUCAGGAGAUCGGGAAGACGUGGGUUUGAAUCUCUGUUGGGCAUUUCUGUGUGCAGUUCGCAUGUUCUCCCCGUGUGUGUGUGGGUUUCCUCCCACAUUCCAAAAACAUGCAUGUUAGGUUAAUUGGUGACUCUAAAUAGUCCAUAGGUAUGAAUGUGAGUGUGAAUGGUUGUUUGUCUAUAUGUGCCCUGCCAUUGGCUGGCCACCCGCCCAGGGUGUACCCCACCUCUCGCCCAAAGUCCGCUGGAAUAGGCUCCAGCAUACCUCCGCAACCCUAGUGAGGAUAAGCGGCAUAGAAGAUGGAUGGAUUGAUGGAUAUUAUCA